UUGCCUUGGAUACUCUGAGCAGUUCUUCAUUUUGAAAUGCAGGCUUACUUACUUUCUAGGCAUUUUAACACCAAGUUGCUGGACAACUCCACAGCUUGUCCAGCUGUGGAUAACUCCACAGCUUGUCCAGAAAAUGCUACUAUUUGUAGUGGCACAUCUUGUGUGUUACCAGAAAGUGAUUUUAACCAGACUUUGAGUGUAGUUUUAAGUACUGUUCUAACAAUCAUGCUGGCUUUGGUGAUGUUCUCCAUGGGUUGCAAUGUGGAAAUUAAAAAAUUCUUGCACCACAUAAAAAGACCCUGGGGUAUUUUUGUGGGUUUCCUCUGUCAGUUUGGAAUUAUGCCUCUCACAGCCUUCUUGCUGUCACUGGCCUUUAGUGUGCUUCCUAUUCAAGCCGUUGUGGUGAUGAUCAUGGGAUGCUGUCCUGGAGGCACAGCCUCUAACAUCAUCGCCUACUGGGUGGAUGGUGACAUGGACCUAAGCAUCAGCAUGACAACUUGCUCCACACUUCUUGCAAUGGGGAUGAUGCCACUCUGUCUUUUUGUUUAUACCAAGAUGUGGACCGAUUCUGAUGCAAUUAUACUCCCCUAUGACAGCAUUGGAAUUUCACUGGUAGCUCUUGUAGUUCCUGUUUCAGUUGGAGUAUUUGUUAAUCACAAAUGGCCCAGUAAAGCAAAAAAGAUACUUAAGGUUGGUUCCAUAGUGGGAGCAGUUCUCAUUGUCGUCACUGCUGUAGUUGGGGGAAUACUCUACAAAGGCUCAUGGGUUAUCACACCUAAAUUAUGGAUCAUUGGUACAAUAUUUCCAGCAGCUGGCUAUUCUUUGGGAUUCUUUCUGGCUCGUCUCGCUGGUCUGUCUUGGAGCAGAUGUCGUACCGUGUCUCUGGAAACAGGCAUGCAAAACACUCAGCUGUGUUCAACAAUAGUACAGCUCUCCUUCAGCCCUGAACAACUUGAACUGAUGUUUACUUUCCCACUCAUCUACAGCAUUUUCCAGCUGUUGUUUGCACUAAUGAUUUUAGCAGGCUACCGUGUUUAUAUAAAACGCUGUGUCAAAACGAAUGCAGACGUUGAGAAAACAGAAGAAAAAGAUGAUUCUAAAUCAAUUUCAUCACAUGCUAAAGAAAAUGGAGGAUUUGUAUCGGACGAGAUAAAAUAGUCAAUUACCUCUCUGUUCCAACCAGCUGAAAAGAUAGAAGACACAUGGUUUACUUAAAGCUUGUUUUCAGAUGCUGUUGCUUUAUAUUUUUGCUAAAUAUUUAGCAAAAAAAUGGAGUUCUGCUGAUACUGGACAGUGAUACUUCAAAAUGAUUAACUUAUAAAAAAUCUCUGCUUUGAUUUUCAACAUGGUUUCUACCACAAUUUCAACAUUUCUUUUUAAAUAUAAUUCCUUAAAAUAUUUAAUGUAUUAUUUUGGUUUCUGUAAAGAAGGAAAGAA